UGCGGGACCGCAAGUGUGAGGCGAAAGGAAGGAGAAUUUCCAUCAGUGGGUAUUAAAGGAAAAAGUACCCCUAUGGUUGGCGUUCUUCAGCUCUAUUGCUGUUCAAAUUAAACAUUCAUUCAAAGUGUUGAAAAUCCUGAUCACUGAUAUUUCCUUAGCGAUAUCUAAAUCGCACCUGCCGAGAGGAGCUCCCGAGGUACAGAGCCUGCUCGCCUCAUUCCGCGGAGAGGAGCUCUAUUGAGAACCGCGCGAUGGGAUUGGAGACAGACCGUCACUGACUCUUUUCACAUUUAUUAUUGACUCGUUGGGGAUAGACACAGAGCAGGUUUUCCUCUGUAGAAGUUUUGGACACCUUCGGGAAGUCUUAUUUUUCGUUACGUGGAUCUACGACACCGGUCUUUGUGAUUAUCAAGCGGUUUGGAUUUGGAUGAAGAGUUGUGUGGAGUAACAGAAUGGCACCAUCCGACUGUUUUCAGUUAGUCGCUGUCAUCUUUUAUUGGGUGGCUCAAAUAAAUGGAAACCUGACACCCCCUCGGAUGUAUCCGUCCCAUAACCCUCUAAUUCGCCACAGAGGAGACUCACUAGAGCUCAUAUGCAGGGGCACUGACAAGCUGCAUUGGGUCCUGCCACGUUCCCUCUCUUCGGACGGGGUCGUGGUGGAGGACUGCGAGCCCAACCAAAAUCCCCACUGCAGCAAGCUGACGCUCAGACAUCUACAAGCAGGCGACACGGGCACCUACACAUGCAGCUACUCCCAGAAAGCCCUUCGCCACGUCUACGUCUACGUCAAAGAUCCCCAUUCUCCCUUUGUAAGCCAAAAGGGUACUCCUGAGGUGAUUUUUGUGUACGCGCACAAAACCACACUCAUAGUGCCCUGUAGGACCACCUCUCCGGAUGCAGUUGUAACAUUGGUGGGGCCACAAUCUUCCCAGAAGAGUGAAUGGGACCCCAAGGUGGGUUUCAAGAUCUCAUACCCCCCCACCAUCUCCAACCACAUGCUCAUCUGCGAGACUUGGGUCAACGGUCAAGGAUUUCAGCUCCAAUAUGUCCCUCAACGGUUGACAACUACGCUAAGGAGAGUGAAGCUCAUCCCGGAUUCUCAAAGGGUGCUGGUGGGAGUCAACCUCACCCUCAACUGCAGCGGGGAAACCAACUAUAAUGGAAGAAUCAGCUUUGAAUGGCAUAUUCCCGCCAACCGCAGUUUCUCCAUUGUGAAGGACAAGUCUGACAUAGCUCCUAUCGUGAUGUCCAACGCCAUCACGCUCCGCGCUGUCACCAUGGAGGACGCCGGGGAAUACAACUGCACCGCUGUGCUUCAACCAAAUAACGACAAAAGGAGGCAUGCAUCCACCAACAUCAUCGUAUUUAAGCACCCAUUCCUCCACCUUAGCUAUAGAAAUUAUCAAGAUGGUUACGUCACGGUUACUGAGGGAAAUAAACUGGUGUUUAGACCCGUGGUCGAUGCACUGCCUUCAGCUGAUUCAGUCGCAUGGCAUAAAGAUGGCGUUCCGAUCCUGAGGAAUUCCACGUGCUACAAGAUCUCUGGCUUCAACCUGACCGUGGCAGAUAUCCAAUACAAGCACACGGGGGUCUACACCAUCACCGUGGGCAACGUCGAGAAGGGCCUCUACAGGAACCUCAGCUACACUCUGGUUGUCCACGUGAGUCCAACUAUUUCAGAGGAAGGGCUCUCUAAUGUGGACGUGCAGCCCUACAUGUAUGGCAAGGAGCACAGGCUAACUUGCACCGUCUUCGCCGUGCCCCGCCCUAAGAUCUCCUGGUUCUGGCAGCCUUGCCGCCUGGAGGCAGACAUCACCGAGUGUGAAUUCUAUACCGAGCCCAUCCCUGUAGAGCUGGAGAGCAGGGGGGACUAUCCUCGCAACUGGAUUGCAGCCAUGUACACCAGGAUCAAAAUGGUGCAAGGAAAGAACAAGACCGUUGGGACACUGGUGGUGGGGAGGGCCAACGUCACCGGCUCCUACACCUGCAGAGCCGAGAACGAGGUGGCCUCAAAGAAGUGGGGGAUCCCCUUCUACGUGGACGAUCACUCCGACCACAUGCACAUCGAGCCCCAGACAGCCAUCGAGGGAGAGGACAUCACGCUGACCUGCCGGGCCACGCGCUACCUCUACUCGGAGCUGCAGUGGUUCGACCCCCAGAACCGCACCGUCACCGCGGACGUGUCCCCGCUCCGGCUGGACCCUUACUCCGUCUCCCUGGCGCUCACCCUGCGCAACGUGUCCCGGAACGGCGGCACGCCGGCGUACCGCUGCGGCGCCCUCAACCACUUCAAACACAAGUCCGCGCACAAGACCUUCGUGCUCAACGUGGACGGGAGGAAGCGGCCGUGGCUGAGUCAGAAUCUGACCAAUCAGGAGGUGAACAGCAGCAGCACGCUGACUCUGGACUGCCUGGUGUCGGGGGUCCCCAAGCCGCUGAUCACCUGGUUCAAGAACAACAUCCAGGUGCAGGAAGGGCCAGGUAUCACCCUGGGGGAGAGCGGGGUCCUGACCAUCGAGAGGGUGAAGAAGGAGGACGAGGGCCUGUACGAGUGCUUGGCCAGCAACGUGGAGGGAAGCAUCAGAACCAGCGCCGUCGUCAUGGUUUCCGGUGAGGACGGCCGGGCCAACGUGGAGGUGAUCAUCCUGGUGUGCACGGGAGCUGCCGCCACCUUCCUCUGGAUCAUGCUCAUCCUCUUCAUCCGCAAGCUGCGAAAGCAGCCGUCCCACUACAAGAUGGGCCCGUCCAUCAUCAUCGAUCCCGAUAAGUACCCCCUGGACGAGCAGGACGAACUCCUCCAGUACGACAGCAGCAAGUGGGAGUUCCCCCGAGACCGCCUGAGACUAGGUAAAACCCUGGGCCACGGGGCCUUCGGGAAGGUGGUGGAGGCCUCCGCCUUCGGGAUCGACAAGCUCUCCACCUGCAAGACGGUGGCGGUCAAGAUGCUGAAAGGAGGUGCCACAACCAACGAGCGCAAAGCCCUGAUGUCAGAGCUGAAGAUCCUCAUCCACAUCGGCCACCACCUCAACGUGGUCAACCUGCUGGGAGCCUGCACCAAGCCCGGAGGUCCACUGAUGAUGAUCGUGGAGUUCUGCAAGUACGGCAACCUGUCCAACUACCUGAGGAGUAGAAGAGGGGACUUUGUUGUCUGCAAGAGGCAGGAGGGCAAGGCGGUGUCCGGGUCGGGGUCGCCGGGCUGCGAGCUCAGCGAGCUGAUGAAGCGCCGCCUGGAGAGCGUGGCCAGCACGGGCAGCUCGGCCAGCUCGGGCUUCAUCGAGGACAAGAGCUACUGUGACUCAGAGGAAGAGGAAGACGAGCCCGAAGAUUUAUAUAAGCGCGUGUUGACGCUGGAGGAUUUGAUCUGCUACAGCUUUCAAGUCGCGAAGGGCAUGGAGUUCCUGGCCUCACGCAAGUGCAUCCACCGAGACUUGGCGGCACGGAACAUCUUGCUCUUGGAGAACAACGUGGUGAAAAUAUGCGACUUCGGACUGGCGCGAGAUGUGUACAAAGAUCCCGACUACGUGCGCAAAGGAGACGCUAGACUGCCCCUCAAAUGGAUGGCGCCAGAAGCCAUUUUCGACAAGAUCUACACCACCCAGAGUGACGUGUGGUCCUUCGGGGUUCUCAUGUGGGAGAUCUUCUCUCUUGGUGCCUCCCCCUACCCAGGCCUCCAGAUCGAUGAGGAGUUUUGCUGCAGGCUUAAGGACGGAACCAGGAUGAGAGCCCCCGAAUACUCUUCCUCGGAAAUAUAUCAGACCAUGCUGGACUGCUGGCUGGGAGAGCCACUGCAGCGGCCCACAUUCACCGAGCUAGUGGAGCACCUGGGAGACCUUCUGCAGGCCAGCGUGCAGCAGGAAGGGAAACACUACAUACCCAUCAACACAGCCCUGCUGGCCAACAUCGGUGACCCCUCCAUCACGCUGACCGAAGAAGACACGUCCACGCAGCCCGCCUCUAACCGCCACUCGGGGAGCACUUGGAACACGAAGAUUCGCCCGGCGAGUGUGAAAACGUUUGACGAGGUUACCAUGGACAACGUGACGAAUGAGAACCAUGGGGGAGGACACUCAGACAGCGGGAUGGGUCUCUCUGAUGACAUGAACACACUGAACAGAUUGGAGUCGCUGGUUGGCAGACCCGUCAGCAUCAUGGCUCUGGCGAUGAAGCCGGUCAGUAAGAGUAAGGAGUGUGUGUUGACGGACGGGGAGAGGGAGAAGUACCAGUCCGCCGUCCCGCCGCUGGACUUCAGCCGGCUGGACGACUCGGGCCUGGAGCCCGCCCUGGAGUGCCACAGCCCCCCGCCCGAUUACAACUACGUGGUGCGCUACUCCACGCCGCCGGUGUAGCCCUCCUGGGGCCCUGGCACACACACAUAAGCCCCUUUCACACAGGAAUGCCGUAACAUGGCCGGAUUCAGUUUCCCGGUAAUGGUAGCGGAUUGCAACCGCUCUCACAGCACUGGUCCCACUGGACUCCCAAACACCAACUCCAUCAGCUCCUCCUGUUCCUCCUCCUCCUCCUCCUCCUCCUCUUCCUCCUCCUUCUCCUCCUGUCCCCCCCUCCUUCUCCUCUUCAUCCUCCUUCCCCUCUGUUUCCUCCUCCUCCUCCUCCUCCUCCUCCUCCUGUUCCUCGUACUUCAUCUCUUCCUUCUCCUCUGCCCCCUCCUCCCCCUCCUCCUCCUCCUCCUCCUCCCCCUCCUCCUCCUCCUCUUCCUCGUGACCCCGGUUUCAGCACACACACCCCAUUCCCCCCAGACAGCCGCCCUGGCCCACUGGGUGUGCACGCCGAUUGGCCCCGCCCAACACACGUUUGGUUCCCUUUUGAACCGGUGCGGUCCAGGACCAGUCCACUGUGUCUCGUCUCUGUCCAGCGCCUCUAACAGCCCCCCCGCCAACGCCAACCCCCCCCCCCCCCCCCUCUCCCCUCAUGGUGUCCCCCUGAAGAACAGCUGACAGCCUCAGGUAUUUACUGUAUUCUACUGUGAACAUGGGCAAAGCACAACCGACGCCGUCGCCAGGACAACACACCCAGAAGGACAAAGAACGAUGUCAGCUGAUGACCUCAGCAUGUUGAGCAUGCGUUGUCCGAUUCAACGGUUAUGGAGAAGAAGACUUGAUGGUGUUUUUUGGUUUCUUUCAUUAUUUUAUUAUUUGGAUAUUAUUGAAUCGAAGUACCAGCCUUACGAGUAUGUUACAUGUUCCCAUGUAGCCAUCAAACCACUGUGUUUGAAAGUAGUUAUGUAUCUGUGUUCAAAACAUUUUUUACGAAGCACCUGGCUGUUUAUAAUAAGAUAUAGGUCCACCAUGAAGAAAUUUAGUUUUUUAAGCUUUUUGUAUAACAAGCAGUGAGUUGGAUGUAUCCCCCAGGGGACAUAAGGAAUAUUUUAAUGUAUCGAUAUCAUGAUAGCUAUGAUAACUCAGGUUGGAAAGAUGAAGGAAAAUGUUACGUGUUUGAUAGGCUUGUUCAGCAAAGACCAGGGUCAGUGUGGUUUAUUAAAGGAACAGGGUAAAGGGUAAAGAUGGGUUGGUUCCGAAUUGAGUCAUUCUACAUGGAAGCGCGACAGUGAUAAGGUCAUUUGGUUGUACUUCCUUAUUCUGCAACAAAGAUGCAACAGUUCCAAGAAACAAGAGAGAGGCAGCAGGAAAGACAUAUCAGGAUAAGCUCUGACCGAAUCCGUGACAAGAUCUGUGUUGGCAAAAGCCAGAGUGAAAUAAACUUUACAUAUGUAUUUAGAUGAUACACAUCAUCACUUAUUAGACCGUUUUUAGAAUUUACACUGAAAUAUAAACCAAAGGAUUUACUAAUUUCGCUCUCCUUUCAUAUUAACAACAUAUGAUAUUCCAGCAUUUCAUUCAUUCCAGAUGUAUAUGCUGUUUGUCCUGCUGUAUCCUAUCAUGGCAUAGUAAAGCUAAGGGAAUCUGCUCUGGCAGAACAAAUGCAUAAGGAAAAUACUGAUAUUCGUUUUGUUUUUGUGCUAAUUGUGAAUAAAGCUUGCAGGGCAGGCUAAGGAAACAGCAUCUGUUAGCACAAGGCGGGGCCAAUGUAAACAUGAUUAACAGAAGUUGUAUUCCAGUUUGUAUGGCCAUUCGAUUAUUUUUUUUGAAGAAUUUUAUUCAAUCAUUUUAUUCACAAAAAAGUCAUAUACUGUAAUGGACCAUACUUUAUUUCACUUAACCAGGUGAUAGUGCAUCUAUUGUUGUCAGACGCAGAAAGCUUGUUAAGAGGAACGGCCACUAGACGAUCAUCUAGUGUGUCUGCAAACUAAAAAGUGGGGGAUUUUGAAUCCGGUCUCUAAAUGUUGCCAACUUGUUUAUUGUGGACCAACGGUUGUUUUGUUGUGUUUUUGGAGAGGAAAUGAUAAUGCACUGAUGUUUUCUGUUAUUUUUUAUAUUUUUUACCUAAAUGUCCAUUAUUAAUCUUCAGCCUUGGGGGCUGCACUCAGAUUACAUCAAGGGAGUAAUGGAGUGAUUGUCUCACAUAACCCAUAUUGUUCAAAUAAGUAGUUUAUUUCAGUAUUAUUAUAUUAUUAUUUUUGUGUCUUUUAUUCCUAUGCGGCUCUAUUUGAAGAAUAUAUAAUUGCUUCUUGUGUGUCUGUCUCUAAUCUUAACCUUUGUGGAAACGUACUCAUAAAUAAUUUCACCUUUUGAUAUUACUACCCAAACAUAUAUUUGAAUAUUAAGAGUGUUUUUAUUGCAUUUAUCGUAAAUAUGCAUCACCAAAAAGUGGAACACUACUCCAAGCCAAGUCAAAUUAAAUGUUAUUUUAACAUGAGUAGCCUAACAUGUAUAUGGCUCUACUUUUGUUUGUCAUAACAUUGUAGCAUCACGAGAAAAUAAAUUAAGGCAAUCUUCCCCAUCACUGUUAUAUAUAAGCAUAAGUAAAUAUUUGAAUAAAUAUAUAUAUAUAUUUAUACGGUA